AUGGCAGGCCUGUAUGAUAAUGAUAACGCGAGCUGUCGAAACAUCUGCCCGCAGAGAGACGAACUGGACCGAACUGAUCCGAAUGACCCAGAUAGCGGAUUGAACACAAGAGUAGAAGACAAUCAGUAUUCUGGAGAGGCUGGCUCUGGAGAUGUGGAGGCUCCAGUCAGGGCCAACUUGUUACCACGGCGGAGGGAGGAUGUUGAUAAAACAGUGGAUACGAGGACACUGUUCCAGAACAUAAAUCCUUUGGGACUGGAUGCAGCGGCUGGAGGAGGAAUGCCCGCCAUUCCAGUGGGGCCCAUAACUCACGUCCAGCUCCAGGAAUUAAGAAGGGACCCUCAGGCUAACAGCUUUCAUAAUUAUCUCUCUUGCCCCAUCCGAUGCUGCGACUCGAGGGUGCACUGA